CUUUCCCGAUCUCAUUUGGCUUUUCUACUAGGCUUUAAAAUGAGCAAUGAAUCAGGUUCAUACUCAGUUAGAGGCCAGAUAUUUGAAGUUGGUCCUCGAUUUACCGAUUUGACGUAUAUUGGUGAGGGUGCUUAUGGAAUGGUUGUUUCAGCGCUUGACACAAAGCGAAAUGAAAAAGUUGCUAUAAAGAAAAUCUCUCCAUUCGAGCACCAAACGUAUUGCCAAAGAACGUACAGAGAAAUUCGCAUACUUAGCAGAAUGGACCAUGAGAACAUUAUCCAAAUAUAUGACAUUAUUACUGCUAAAUCAAUAGAUGAGAUGAAGGAUGUCUAUAUUAUUGAAUGCUUUAUGGAAACUGAUUUGCACAGGUUACUCAAAACUCAAAAGCUCAGCAACGAUCAUAUUUGUUACUUCCUCUAUCAAAUGCUUCGAGGCCUUAAGUAUAUUCAUUCAGCAAAUGUCUUGCAUAGGGAUUUAAAGCCUUGCAAUAUUUUGUUGAAUUCUAAUUGUGAUUUAAGAUUGUAUUAUUAG